AUGGCCCAGCCCAAGCCAGAGUACCCCGGCAAGCUGCUUCAGGCAGCGGCCAUUGCGAAGCCAUUCCAAGAUAGCAUUCAGACGGAGAUUAGCGAGCGGAAGGAAAAACAGCUUUCGAUCCCAAAGCUUGUGGGCAUUCUUGCCAAGCCAAGCCCACCCUCCAUUGCUUACGCAGAAUGGACAGCCAAGGCAUGCCAGGCUGUCGGCAUCAAUUUUGAAAUCUGGAAGACUUGGGACGACUCUGAGGAUGUGAGUGAAACGCAAGAGGCUGAGAGCCUGCAGAACUUUGGUCUCGAGGCGGACGUAGAGGACCUGAUUCUAGCGGCGAACCGCGACAAGAGCGUCGAUGGCAUUAUGGUGUACUAUCCGAUCUUUGGUGGUCGCCAAGACACGUAUCUGCAGCAGAUUGUGAACCCAAGCAAGGAUGUUGAGGGCCUGAACUUUUUCUACUGCUGGAACAUGUAUCACAACGUGCGCUGGAUCAAGCCUUCGCAGCUUGGCAGUGCCCCGGGCUCGACGAACGAGGCCGAGCUGGUGGCUUCAGACGCGGGUGCACCUGAAGAAGAGAAUGCACCGCCAGGCUUCUGCAAGAGCAUUUUACCAUGCACGCCCCUUGCCGUCGUCAAGUGCCUCGAAUCCGUUGGUGUCUACGACACGUCGUUGCCGUACGGUAACCGUUUGCACGGCAAGACGAUCACGGUGAUCAACCGCUCUGAGGUCGUGGGUCGUCCACUUGCAGCGCUCCUUUCCAACGAUGGCGCGCGCGUAUUUUCCGUGGACAUUGACUCGAUUGUCGAAUUCAGCAAGCGUACGGACGAGGCGAACAAUACCAACUACAAGAAGUCCAGUAAGGUCGUCCAAGCACACAAAGAAAACAGUUCAGCACGGCUCCGUCCCGCACACGAUGUGCGCUCGAGUCCAUACAAGGACCCUGAGAGCUGUGUGCGUGCCUCGGAUGUAGUCAUUGGCGGUGUGCCGUCAGCCAGCUACAAGGUACCGACCGCAUGGAUCAAGGAGGGUGCUGUCUGCGUCAACUUCAGCUCGGAAAAGAACUUUGAGAGCGAUGUCCGCAGCCGUGCUGCAGCAUACCUUCCAGCGAUCGGCAAGAUCACUGUCUCGAUGCUCCAGCGCAAUCUCCUGCGCCUCGUGGCGUACAAGGAACUCGCAUCACAGCAGUCGUAG